UGCUACACGAAAAGAAACAAGUCCGUCGGCCCGUGUGUAACGUGUGUCCUAUCCUGAUCCUAGUCACAAACCACUGACUGAGUGAUUGUGAUACAUAAUAAUAAGACACAGGUUAACGUUGCGUUUUGUUGAUCCCACAGCGAGCAAGAAUAGAUCCGAGUUUCCUGCUUUUUAACAAUAAUAUUAUAAUAAAUGUAAGUUUUGGUCGCUCUACGUGUCUUCGCAAGUAAACUACACGUUACAUGAUUGGUUUUCGAAAUAACAGCACAGCUUUGAAAACUCCGGAAACAGUAAAAAAUACCAUUCGGUGGUGGUGGUGGUGGUCUGUGCGCGUGUGGGGAGGAAAAAGAUAGUGCCAGGAAAACAGCGACCAGCAGAAAGGUCACAAGAUAAAGAUGUCAGAACAAGGGACUGAGGAUCGUGAGCCUCACGGUGAGGAGCAGCAACCCGCAUCUGGAGAACAAGAUGAAAAACCUGCCACAGAAGAAAACAAUGAAGACAAGCAAAAACAACAAGAAGAGGCUGUCGAUGGUGAAAACACAGACAAGAAAAAUGAAUCAAAUGAAGGUAGAGAGAGGGGGACGGAGAGGGGACAGCCAAAGGGGACCAAAGUAGGAACAGUGAACUCAACAGCAGAAGAAUCGAAACAUCAAAAGCAGUUUGUUGCGGAAUUCAACCGGUUAAAGGACAGCCUGGAAAAGGAAGCUACAAAAAUUAUCAAACCGGAAUUCCAACCACACACACCAUAUAUUCACACCAGUCUAGCACCAUAUUACAACACGUACACAGUACAAUACCUUUUGGAUCUGCCGCCUCAUGUCCGACACGGAUACAUCACUCGAAAAACAGCCAUUGGUCUUGUAGAUCCAGAAGUCUCACAUACCAUGGAUGUGAGUCUUGAUUCCGUCCCAGAUUCAGUUGAAAUACCAGUAACCUCAAUGACAGGAGAUCUCUCGCCAAGAAGUCAGGCUGUCAAAAACAGAGAAGGAAGCACCAGACUACCAAAGUGGCCGGUUGUCAAAUUCCAGAAGAGAGAGGACCCUAAUAAGAUGCUCAACUGGAGUGAUGUGCCAAAACUAAGGGAAUCACUCAAGACACAAUACAGCAGCAACGCCCAGGAUAGAAUCAAGAGAGAUUACCAACGCACCCAGCAGGACUGGACCCGCAUGGAGCUUGAGAAACUACGUGAAAUCCAUGAGGUCAAUCGCAGCCAUAUGCGCAUCACAUGCGGAACGUAUCUCGGCACGUCCAAAGGGUCUCGUCAGGCUGUCAAAUCACUCACCAAGGUCCUAGAGUAGCAAGGUCGUCAGGUUUUUCAACUGUUUUUUUAACUUUUAAUUUUCAAGCAUCAAAGUCCUCAUUACUUCAAUGGCAAGGGUUAGUUUUGGUUGAACAAAAACACUCAAUGAUGUUUUUUUUUUUGCUGAUGGCACAAAACCUGCUCUGCGAAUAUAAGGGUUUGUCACAGAAGGCAAUUUAUACAAACAUCUUGAACACACUUAGUCUUGGCCAAAUAUGCCAAUGGUAAGCAGUUGAUUGUGUAAGUACCUGUAAGUAACCUGUAACACCGUGCUUUCACAUGGCAUGACUUAAUUCUUUCAUUUGCCGACCGGUCACUACCGACUAGUUCAAGUCCCUUCACAAAAAUAGUUGUAAAACAAUAAAUACAUUUUUCAGAAAAGGAAAGAGAUCUCUGAAAUGUGCAAUGGUGACCUGUUUUUUGGGAGUCUCCAUUUAAAAAAAAAUGUUUACCUUUAAUAUAAAUUAUACUGACCCAGAAAUUAUUAUGUGACCCAGGGUAACUUUUGUUAGUCACACAACCAUUUAUGUGAAUUUAUUCAUGUGAUCUUGCGCUGGUUUGUUCACUAAAAAAGGCUGGGGACAAAAGCUACCCCAAUGCUGCAGGAUUUCCAAGAUGUUAGUGAGAGCUUGGAAGUUGGUUAAGUCAUAAAAAAAAAACAAGAGUUACUACGAUCACUUACAAUCCACUUUCUAUCAAUGACAUCUUGGCCAAGACUAAACUCUACUGUAUUCAAAACACAUAGACAUCUGUUCUUAUUUUCUUUUACUUCUGUUAUUUAGUUAAUGUGAGCCCUUCAACAAAAAUUCCAGGCACAGUUCCUGUUAAAAUAUAUAUUCUUCUCUUGUAGAUAACAAAACAUCUUCAGCUGUCUAAAGGCGUAGAGCUUGUUUUUGAAUGGGUGCAAGUUUUUAUUAACGGUUUCGCGCAAUAAAAGGUUGCAUAUAAACAAAACAUUCCGAUUUUUACACAGUUUUAUUUUUUACUACAAACAAAUUGUUGAACGCAUUCCAUUUUGUAUAUUAUGUGCUUGCCAUAGUUAAAAACUGUACUGUGUGUGUUGACUUUUAAAAAAAACAAGAUUAUUUUGUGUGUUUUUUUUUUAAGUUUCUACCCCACCUCUAAAAUGGAAUGGAAAAGGAUCGAUGUAGCUUGUUGUUUUAAACUUCAGUUGCAUUCAUUAAAAUUGUAAAUAAGCAAUAAAUGAUGUAUAUAAAAUAAUUAAGUACUGCACCAAAAAUUUAGUGUUGUUUGCCUUUACCAGCGUAAAAGGUAUGGGAUGUUUUAUUAUUGUGAAAAUUUAUACCAUACAUAAAAGAAAGGACAGACUUUUCACUUUCCAUUCAUAAUUCAAGAAGUAAAUUUAGGUCUGGAAUUUUAAACUUUGAGAGGGCAAUUAGGCCAUUUUCAUAUUAAAAAGGGCACUUCCAUUCAAAUCAUUGUUCAUGUAUACUUAUUGUUUAGUAGAAAAGUAUUAUUUUUUUGUUAGCCAUUCAUUCAUGGCUUGAAAAAAAAUGUGGCAUCAUGUUAUUUUAAAUUAAUUAAAUAAGUAAUUUAAACGGUGGAAUUCAUGUUUUGUGGAGAAUAACACAUUAACAAAGUAAAGUACACUUUAUAUUUUAUUUUGGUCAAUUAAUUUUGAAUACAUUUCUGCUGCCAAUAUUUCAGGCUCUUUAAUCACAAAUUUCUAUAAUUUUCUCAACGCAGAAAAUACAAAAAAAAUAUAGACUUAAGUGGUAAGACAACCAUGCAUGUUUAUAACGGUGCUCUUAAAAAACGAGAGUUGGUUAUGAGUUUUUACUGA